AUGGACGCCGGCGGAUGGCAGCAGCACCGUCGGGCCGAGAGCAGACAGCAGCGCCCCGUGGGGAAGGGGCGAGGCUCUCCUCCCCGGCCUCUCCACCCGCGGCUGAGACGAGCACUGCAGGGCGAGCCUGCGCCCGCACGCCCCCAAGAGGGAGUAUCUGUCCUGUACUUCUCCGGGAGGCCCGAGCGCCUGCUGCUCCAUAUGGAGGCCCUGGCCAGCGUCCCCCGGGAGGCCUUCACCGUGGAGGUCUGGGUGAGGCCCAACGGAGGCCAGAAUAGCCCAGCUGUCCGGGCUGGGCUGUUUGACCACUGCUCCCACAUGGAAAAUGACAAAGGCUGGGCCCUGGGCAUCCGCUUGGGCACCGAGGAAGGAAAGCGAGAUGCCCGCUUCUUCUUCUCCCUUCGCACUGACCGCAUGCCCGCCGCCACCGUGCUGCUCAGCAAUCACCGCUACACGGCCAGCCAGUGGACACACCUGGCGGCCACUUACGACGGCCGGCGGAUGGCCCUAUACGUGGACGGCACCCGGGUGGCCAGCAGCCUGGGCCAGUCCGGGCCUCUGCACAGCCUCUUCAUGGCCACGUGCCGGGUCCUGCUGUUGGGAGGUGACAGCUCCAAGGCUGGCCACUGUUUCCGCGGCCACCUGGGCACGCUGGCCCUGUGGUCCACCGCCCUCUCGCAGGAGCGCCUCCGGGCCAACGCGCAGCGGCCCCGCGCUGGGGAAGAAGACGAUGACUUGGCGACGCUCGUCUUGACAGGCAGCUUUGAGACCUCGGCUGGGCAGUGGACACCCUUCCGGGAGGACGCGUCCCCGCAGCGUGAGGUCCUGCAGGCCCCCGGGCAGCCCGAGGUGGUGGUGUCCCCGCGGCACGCCCCGCAAUGCGGGCGCACGGCCUGCGACCACGUGGACCUCAUCGGCCACUACAACGCACGCGGGGCCCUGCGCGCGCCCAAGACGGUGCGUUACCAGGUGGUCAACGUGUACGAUGACCGAGGCCGCCGGCCCACCGUGAGCGCCCAGCAGCUGGCCGCGCAGCACCGCGCGCUCCUGGUCGCCUUCGGUGCCACCAACAUCACCUGGGAGAUGCACGAGCUGCGCGUGCGGAACUCGACGCUGCGGGCGCUCACGGUGCUGGCGCGCUGCGAGCCGCGCCAGGUGGGCGACGGCCGCUGCGACCCCGAGUGCCGCCACCCGGCCACGGGCUACGACGGCGGCGACUGCCUGCGACCCCGCCGCUGCCCGCCCUGGAAGCUCCAGGACGGCGUCUGCCAGCCGGAGUGCAACAACAUCGCCAACGACUUCGACGACGGGGACUGCUGCGACCCCGACGGGACCGACGUGAGCAAGACGUGCUUUGACCCCGACUCGCCCUACAGGGCGUACCUGAGCGUGAAGGAACUCAAGGAGCUGCUACAACCCAACAGCAGCCACUUCCUCAACAUCUACUUCGCCAGCUGGGCGCAGGAGGGGCUGGCUGGCUCUGCCACCUGGCCGUGGGAAAAAGACGCUCUCACCCACCAGGGCGGCGUGGUGCUCAACCCCAGCCAUUACGGCGUGCCCGGCCACACCAACACCAUGGUGCACGAGCUCGGCCACGUCCUGGGGCUCUACCACGUCUUCAAGGGGGUGAGCGAGCUGGAGUCGUGCGCCGACCCCUGCCGGGAGACGGUGGCGUCCAUGGAGACGGGUGACCUUUGCGCUGAUACGGCCCCCACGCCCGUGAGCAAGCUGUGUGGCGUCCCUGAGCCAGCCAACGACUCCUGCGGCUUCACCCACUUCCCCGGGGCUCCGUUCAACAACUACAUGAGCUACACAGACGAUAACUGCACCGACAGCUUCACCCCGAACCAAGUGGCCCGCAUGCACUGCCACCUGGACCUGGCGUACCAGCAGUGGACCCUCGGCCGGAAGCCCACCCCCAUCCCCCUGCCCCCCAUGGUCAUCGGCCAGACCCCCAGCUCCCUCACCGUGCACUGGCUGCCCCCUAUCGGCGGAGGGGUGUACGACAGGGCCGAGGGAGCCGCAUGCAGAGCCUGCUCGGAGGACGGGACCUUCCACCAGUACGCGCACAAGGCCUCCUCCCCGCGCGUGUGCGAUUCUUCCGGCUACUGGACACCGGAGGAGGCCGUAGGCGCCCCCGAUGUGGACCUGCCCUGCCUGCCCAACCUGCGAGCCUGGAGCCCGGAACUGCACCUGCCCCACGCCAACGUCACGGUGCCCUGCCCGGCCGAGGGCUGCAGCCUGGAGCUGCGCUUCCUGCACGCCGUGGCGGCCGACGCGCUAACCAUGUGGCUCACCUACGUCUCCCGGCCCAGCGCCGCCCCCACGCUCCUGGAUGCCGAGGUCCUGCUGCAGGGCGGGUCGUCCGAGCACCUGGGGCCCCUGGACACCACCUGCGAUACGCCACUCACUGUCCGGCUGUCUGUGGAUGGGAGGGUGUCGGGGGUGAGACUCUACACGGCCUACGACGGGGUGGAGGUCGACGCGGUGAUGCUGAGUUCGAAGCCCCGCAGCCCGCUGUGCGCGCAGUGCGCCCCUGUCGCCUACCGGCUGUGGCGGGACCCCCCGUUUGCCAGCGGCCGGCCCGUGGAGGUCACGCACCCACAGAGGCAAUUUACGGACCUCGAGGUCCAGCCCGGGCAGACGUAUCAGUACCGGGUCCAAACUGAAGCCGGUGGCGAGCUGGGGGAAGUGUCGCCUGCUCUGAGCCACACCCAUGGGGCGGCUUUCUGUGGCGAUGGCACGGUGGCCGGGUGA